GAGGGGAGAAAUAGCCGCCACUGACAGCUACUGCUGGCACCAGCGGCCGUGUGCUGAAGGCUUGCGAACAUGAAAGCAAUUCCCUGUGCUCUCUGGAAGCACAGAGCUACCCAGGAGGCCAAUUUUUUAAUGCAGCUCUGAAGGAGAGUUUUGUAAGUGCUUAUUAAACCUCGCUCUGUUCAAGAGACAAAACAAAAACCCAUCCAGAAUUAAUAUAAAAUGCGUGUGUUGGGGAAAACAACCCCCACAGAUGAGAGAGCGUGGUUCUGGAGGGGCACAAAGCCUGGCACGGCUCUCUUCCCCCUGCCUCUCGCAUAGGGUUGGCCUUUGUGUCUUCUGCUCACCUCUGCUGUUAGAACAGAUCCUUACCCAGCAGCACUCGUCAGGAGCCCUCCCUUCAGCCAGGCAGCGCAGGCGCAUUCAACUCAAACAAGUAAAAUCUGCAUCAGAUCCUGAGAAGCAGCCUUGCAAAAAAAAACCAAACCAAACAAACAAACAAAAAAGAAACCCCACCCACACGAAAGCCCCGUCAGUGCACAAAGUAUGAGCCAGCUGCAGUACGCUGAGUGUAGCCGUGUGCUGCUGCAUGGUACGUGCUGUACAGCUCCCUGGGAUGCUGCCGUGCCAGGAUUUAAAGAUCAGCAUUGAGACUGAGGGGUGGGUGGAAGUACUGCUCUGCCUCCCCAGCUCUCCAGGAUGGAUGCUUGGAAGCCGUGGGAGCUGGCUGUGGGUUCAGGUGCUCCCUGAGGCUGGGCUGGGCAGCUCAGUGAUAUCUGCGGGGUGCACACACCUCUGCUAGCACUGAGGAGCCGGCCCUCAUCUUGCCAGUCCAACCCAGUUGGCACAAAAGACCUUUUUAUUUCGGUCCUGCAGCUCCCGGUGCCAAAUCCUGAUCCUGCUGAAGGCUGUAACAAAACUCUCAUUGACUACCAUCAGGACAGGAUUCAGCCAACACAGCCCUCAAGGAUGAGGAGCAAGGGAUGGAGGAGAAGGAAAUGACGCUCCGUGCUCCAGACAUGGGGAGAUUGGCUGCCUGUGGGCUCUGCAGUUGGGCGCGUUCACCUCUGUGAGCAAUGUGCUGCUGGUUCUAACAGUGAGCCUUGCCAAAUUCACCUGCUUGUCCUCUGGGCUGGCUGAUGGGGUGGAAGAGCAACUUCUUGAAGACUCUGUCUCUCUUGGUGCCCAUUUCCUCUUUCUUUGUCUUCCUUCUCAUCUGCCCCAGUGAGCCGGGGCUCUUGUGGGCUGUGGAAGUGACUUCCAAGAAGAGCCCUCAGCCUUGAGAGGCAUUUCAAACAAAGCUGUUAAAAACCUUUGUGAGUUAACGUUAAUGAUCACCUUUCCCUCUUUUGUUUUUUUUUUCUUCUCUUCGUUUUUCCCAAUAUAUCCAGUGCAUCCCUGUGCCAAAUUCUCAAUUAAUAACGACUUCUUUAGAAACAGCCCAGCAGUAACAAGGACUAAUGGAGUAAACUGCUGCAUGCAGCAUCUCUGCCUCGAUGUGUGCAACCCUCUUCUUGCAGAGCCCAGGGCUGUCAGCAGCCAGGCAUCACGCAAGCUUUUUUCUGUGCAGUUGAUCCAAGCUGAUGAUCUCUUCUGCUGAGCCCCAACCGUAUUUCCUCCCAGCUCAGUCUGAAGAGCACCAAUGGAAGGACACUGAAUGACACGCAAAUGAAAAAUAUGUCUAUAUGACUUUUGUUUUUCAAUUAAGAGAAGCCAGCUCCCAAACAAUGCUAGCAUUUCUCUGGCUCUGAGGCACGUGCAAUCACCCUAAAUGGACAAAAAAGCAAACUGCAUCUUUCUCAGCAACAAUGGUUCAGCUUCUGGGUCUGGAUCUUCCAACGCUGGGGCCAACUGGUGGAUAAUGUUGGGGAAAAUCUCCAACUCCUUUCCCACCCCCCUUCUCUGGAUAAAUUCAUUUUUUUCCAUGGCCUUUCUUCAGCUUUCGAGUUCCACACACCCCAGUAACAUUCAAAACUAACUUGUGUACCAAACCCCUGUCCCUGUUCCAUAGGACUCUGACGUCCCAUGCUUGGAAGGGUGCAAUCCAGUCUCUUCUCACCCCAGUCUUUACCCAGCCAGCUCUGUAAGUUCAGUGCCUUCAUUCUCCUGGCAGGAGCUCUGGCUGGAGAGGUUUAGCAGUGAGAGUUUUGUUGGAGAUGUUUGAGCUUGCAGCUUGUUUUUAUGGCGUGUGAUGCCUUAAGAUGUACAAAAGGGAUCUCUCUAGCGUAGGCAUGAAACUGCUGGUAGGAGGAGGUGGUUUGAACUGUAAAGAAUAAACAGGCAGUCCGAAACUGCACAAUUACAGCGAUCCAGAGAAAAGCUUGCAAGGCUCAAAGCAUGUCUGUUCUUACUUGCAUCACUUGGUCUGAAAAGAUACGGCCUCCUUGCUUCGCUUGGAGUGAGUAAAGUGAUUUAUGGAAGCUGGAGGAAAAUGUUUUUACAAUUCCCAUUUGCAUGCCGGAGAAGAAGGGAAUAAAGUAGAACUCUACAAAGCUGGGAGCGCAGUGGAAUUCGUCUGAGCCCCCAUUUGGGAGAAUAAAACCCUCCUGCUCGGGCUGCAGUCCUGCUUUGUGCCUUUAAUAGUUAAAUGUUUUUUUAGAGAGCUUUUCUGGGGAGAAGAGCACUGAAAACUGCGCUGGAGGUUAAGUUUUGAGUUCUCCUGGUCCAUUUUGUCUUUUCAAAGGACAAGCUCUGAGCUCAGCUACGUGAAGAUCGAGUGAGAUGUGAAAGCGUGACAGUCAUACGUACAGGAAACCUUGAAUCAUUUCUGAGCUUCCUGGAACACGUCGUAGAGAGCUUAUCGUUGUGUUUACUAAUGAUGAUCCCAUCGCUGUUGGCCGGCUUAGAAAAUGUCCAGCUGUACCAGCACCUCCAUCUUGGGCGCGCGCGGCAGCAGCCGACUCACUGGGGCUCUUCAGAGAUGUGUCCCCAGUGAUACCAUCCCGUAACCGACGUAGGGAGCAGAGCAUGGCCACCGCAACGGCGUUUUCUUUAUCCUGGGGAAAAAGAUAUAUGUUGGGGAAAGGAGGAAAGCGGAAGUUUGACGAGCAUGAAGAUGGGUUGGAAGGCAAAGUGGUGUCUCCUACUGACGGUCCCUCUAAGGUGUCGUACACCUUACAGCGUCAGACUAUCUUCAACAUUUCCCUUAUGAAACUUUAUAACCACAGGCCAUUAACCGAGCCAAGCUUGCAAAAGACAGUUUUAAUUAACAACAUGCUGAGGCGAAUCCAGGAAGAACUCAAACAAGAAGGCAGCUUGAGGCCCGUGUUUGUGACCGCGUCGCAGCCCGCCGACCCUCUCAGCGACAACUUCCGCGAGGCCCAGCCGGCCUUCAGCCACCUCGCCUCCCCGUCCCUGCUCCCCACUGACUUGGUAAGCACUACGCCCCUGGAGUCCUGCCUCACCCCGGCCUCUUUGCUCGAGGACGACACUUUUUGCACUUCCCCGACCGUCCAGCACGACGGUCCAACGAAACUACCACCUCCUGCUCUCCAGCCAGUCAAGGACAGCUUCUCCUCAGCCUUGGAUGAAAUCGAGGAGCUCUGUCCCGCACCUACCUCCGCAGAGGCAGUAGCAGUAGCAGCCGAAUCAGCCGCCGGUGACUCUAAAGCCCACCCCUGCGAGUCCAGCGUUCCCAAGCCCGAGGGCGUCGCGGAGAGCAGAACGGCCGAGUCCAAACUCAUGGAGCCGCUCCCUGGCAACUUCGAGAUCACGACUUCCACAGGUUUCCUCACAGACUUGACCCUGGAUGACAUUCUGUUCGCUGACAUUGACACGUCCAUGUAUGAUUUUGACCCCUGCACGUCGGCCGCGGGGGCUGCCUCCAAAAUGGCGCCCGUCUCGGCGGACGAGCUCCUAAAGACGCUGGCGCCGUACAGCAGCCAGCCAGUAACUCCAAAUCAGCCUUUCAAAAUGGACCUCACAGAACUGGAUCACAUCAUGGAGGUGCUUGUUGGGUCUUAAAGCGUAGAAAUAGAGCAACUCUCUCUCUCUCUCUCUUUUUAUUUUAUGUUUUUCGUUUAAGUACCAGUAUAUACACUCGGUAGUAUUUCCAUCGUCCCUCCCACCCGAUUCACAGCACUGUGCAUGCGUCCUUGCUUGCCUUUUUGGAAAAGAAAAGGAUCACACUAGUUUUUGCUUCAAGCAGAGUUGGAGUGCCUUCAUCCAUGUACGACCACUUCUAAUGUAUUUUUUUCCAAGUGGUUCCUCAAGGAAGACCGAAUAUCCGGUAGAGGAAAGAAUACGUAUUGUAGACAAUGUUAUGUUAUUACAGAAAAAAAAAAGAAAUUGUACAAGCUAAGCACAAGGAUUAUGUUGGGGAAAGCUGUAAAUUGCAUGUGCAUAUUUGUCUAUUUUUUCUAUAAGUUUUAUUGCGAGAGGUUAAAAAAAAAAACAAAAGAAUUAUUAUUUAGAUAAUCUCAAUACCAUUUUAGCCCUGUAGAGGUUGACUCAGCAAUUCAGCCUUUUGGAGGCAUUAACCCGCUCCUCUUUAAGUGUUGCAUUUACAUGGCUGUUCAGAAACUGCUGCCCAAAUUUAUUUUAUAUUUUUGUACAGAUUCUGCAGUUUAUGAUAUUGUUUUUUCUAAAAACAAAUGCUGUUUAUACACACGGAAAAAAAAAAAAUAGCUAUUUUGAUAGGAUUUGCUCACAUAGUUCCUGCAUAAUUCAGAUGUACAAGAACCACUUGUACUUUUAUACAGAGUUGUAACGUUUUAUAUGUGUAUGGUGCAAAGAGAAAAUUAGAUCAAAUAAGCCUGCGGUCGGUUUCCCUGAAUGCAAACAAAACAAACCAAGUGCUUUAAGAAAGGGCUGGCAGCUGCUUCUGCAGGAGCCCGCCAGCGUCCGCUCCCUGCUGCACCCACUGCGCACUACUGUGAUCCCCAAACUCAGAGCCAUGUCCUCGUCCAACACGGAGCGGUCGGCAGGAACCAGCUGUGGAACUGCACCCGGCGGUGCCGGCGCUGCUCUCCUUCCCCCCUUGGCUCCGGAGGGGUCGGUGCCGCCGCUCCGUGCCAGCAGCACCCGCGGGCCCUUUCUUGGAGCACCUCUCCUUUCCUCGCCCCACCUCACUGUGCUAAGUGCUGAAAAAGGCAACUUCAGUAUUACUGCAGUGAAGCUCAUCUCUUACCUGCACUGGACGGACUCGCUUUCGUAUCCAUUGCUGUUGAAACUGGAGCCAGUCGCGUUACAUCGCUCGGCAUCUCGUAUAGGGUUGGUUUCUCGUAUCGACUGCGUUACCUGCUUUACACUUUAUAGACCUGUUUUACAACAAAUAGACACAGCUUUCUAUGCAUGGUCCCCCCCCCGGCACACCUGACAAGUCUUCUCAUUACCGCACCGAUUGCAUCCUCUGGGUUCGUCGUGGUGUACAUUUAAUUUAAAGACAAAACGUUUGCAAUGUAUCAUGCCUGUUGCUGAAGUCGCUGUGGCAUUUUAGUUUUCUGAUGGUACUUUAGCUGUUGAGCGCCGGUUACAACCUAUAUUGUUGACAUGCCUAUGGCUUCUUUAGGAAUAACUUUUAUAUUUAUUUAAGAAAUUUUAAAUUAUGUUUGACGUCAUUUGGCAAUAUUCAGUCAGCUCUGCUCCCUUCCUGUCAUGGAUGAAAAUUGGGUCUCGCUCGCCUCGGAAGGAGGCGGCUUUCUAUAAAUUGGCACUUUAAACCAGGCCACGUGUAUUUAUUAGCGUAGAGAUAGGUAGCUAGAGCAUAGAUCUGCACGCAGACAGCGUAGAAGCAAACGCGUUUUGCAAUGAAGGAACUCCUGACGGAAGCAAAAGGCACCACGUCCGAUCACCGGCCGCCUCUGCGUUCCUCCGCCUGCAGAGCGGGGCUGGGGGCAGCUGGCCUGAGGAGGGUUUGCUUUCCUUUAUUUCCGAACCAAACUCAGCGAUGCUGACGGAUCCGGCGGACUCGACACGUAGGUGAUCGCUUCCACCGCAGGUGCUGACCAAGCACAGCGCAGGGACCACGGCAGCAGGAGGGCCCUCGCCCAGCCGCAGCCCCCCGUAGCAGCUCAGCCCCUCUCAGAGCAGCGCUGGGGACGCAGCGGCGCCCGUUGCACAGACCUGGAGGCACGCAGCACCAGCAGCCAUCUCACACCACAACGCGCCUCGUGCUCGCAUCACCGUGGUGAAAAACCACUUGGGAGCACGCCGGAGCUGCCCUUGUUUUUUGGGGGUUAUUUACACAGCCAAACAAACACCAUAUGUUAGGCAGAAGUUCGCAUAGAUGCUGUUUGGGGAGCGCUGUGCCGUUGCUCAGGCGCAGCUCGCUGCAGUUUUGUGCUCACAGAAGAGGGGAUGAGCACCAACUACAGCUCGCCCCGCACAAGGCAGCACUGCAGCCCAGGUCCCAACAAGCAGGAGCCCUGUGCCAGGCACGGAGAGUGACAUUAAUGUGCAAUGAAGUGACAAGAGGGGAGCAGAAUAAAAGAGCUUUGGAUUUGAAGUUUCUUUUUUUUUUUCUUUUUUUUUUUCAUAAAUUAUUUAUUCUUUUUUUUUUUUUUCUCCUUCCUUCUGUAAAUAUAUUUAUUUUAUUGUGAAGCUAACAACAUCUGGAUUGUAACAUGUACAGAAUGUAUGGUAGGAAUGUAUUCUCUUGUAGGAAUGUAAAUCUGUAUGAACAAGGGUAUGGGAGCCAGAUUCAGAGCAAACCAAUGGAGUUGCAGGCAGGACAGGGAUGGGUCACAGGACAUUUUUUCCCCCCUCACUCUUUCUAAUAUGGGUCCGGUUGCUGGAAAUCUGCAAAACAAAACAAAACAAAACACUGUAAGAAGAAAUUUGGACUUCAGGAGAGGGUUUUUUUGGUUUUUUUUUUUCUUUCCUCCCCCCUCAGUGCUGCAUGAUAACAGCCUGGGUUGGUGAACACCAAUGUGACGAAGGCACAGCUGGCUGUUGGGGCAUUCGCUGCCCUGGCACACGGUGAGCUGGCACCAGGGGCAGCUGCUUGGGUUCCCCCCACCCCAUCAGGUUUUGGUAUCCUGCUUCUGUGCAAGUUGCUUUCAGUGCUUCUGUUCAUUAACAAGACUGAACGUUUUUCAAUAAAUUCGUUUUUUUGGGGUUUCUUUUUAAGCACUUUCUCUUUUCCUGAAAAAAAAAAAAAAAAAAAAAAAAAUUAAAAAAAAAAACCCAACCAAACCUGAUGCAAUUCUGGAUCCUCUUACAAUACAAUCGCUGAUACAACCCCCUUCAACUCCCACCUAAUGCAUACAGGCGUCCGUAAAGGCCAAGAUUCUGGAAAAGGUGUAAAUAGUGUGACAUGUUCAAUGCAUGGGUGUUUGAACAGGGCUUGUUAGUGUCGAAUAAAAAAGAAAAAGACAAAAAAAAAGAAAAAAAGGCUGUACUUCCCCUUCCCCCUCCCACAGACCUUAGAGCUGUGCCUUUUCUAUGCAAUAUUACAGACAUAUACAUCUGAAACCAGAUUACUGUAUUCACAUGUAGGUAUGGGCUGUAAUCAAAAACAAUUGGACAAACGUACAUGGAAAUGAGCAGUCUUACUUUUGUAGUUUUAUAUUAUACAAUAAACGAUUAAAAUAAA